UUCCGGUGUGAUGACCUCAAGUCUGUCCCAAAUGUACCCCACUCCCAUGUACCAUGGACUCGUGCCUAGUGCCCUGUAGGUCUGCACUUCCUGACGUCACCAAGUGUGGACUCGAAGGAGGUCCACAAGACCGGAGUGCGCCAUUUGGUUCAGGGCCAUACUUGGGAUACUUCUCUAUCCCAUGAGCCCACGGGACAGGAUAAGUUCAUACAGGAGCAUGGCGGAGAACUGCGGGGAAGUUGUUAUCAAAAAGGAUGUUUGGGUUUAUCUGGCAGUGUUUCUACUCCUCGUGUCUGCGCUUCUGGAUGAAAUGGCUCCUGCGGCUGGUGACAGGAACGUGCGAGCUGCAGCGGAUUUGUUCACAAUGCAAAGCCGGAGCACUCAGGACAUCACAGACAGAAUACUCUCUGAAAUCAUCUAAAAGCAAGGUAUUGCGAGCAGCUUUAUCUGUUAAGGAGGCAGACUUUGAGGACCUGAUAGCUCUAAUAAUUCAGGAAAAGAGAAUCAAAGUGCAGAAAGAUCAUACGUUUAAGCUGAAUUUUCAGAAAUGUUUGUUACAAAUAAGUGGAUAUAGCGAACUGUUCGAGGUAGUUGAGGAAUUACGAAAAGAAGUGUAUGACUCUACAAAGGAGGAACAUGAGAAGAUGCUCUUGAAGUUGUGGGAGUUGUUAAUGCCUUCAGUCAGGCUGGAAUCGAGAAUCACUAAACAGUGGUGCAGAAUUGGUUUCCAAGGUGAUGACCCGAAGACCGAUUUCAGAGGGAUGGGCAUGCUGGGCCUCUCAAACCUUCUUUUUUUCAGUGAAAACUACACGGAUGCAGCCAGGAAGGUUCUGUCACAUUCAAAUCACCCCAAACUCGGGUACUCGUAUGCCAUAGUGGGCAUCAAUCUAACCGAGAUGGCAUACAGUUUAAUGAGCAGUGGAGCAUUGAAACCUCAUUUUUAUAAUACAGUAUCUGGAAAACCCCAAAUGCAGCACUUUCAUGAGUUCUACUGUUACCUGGCUUACGAGUUUGAUAAGUUCUGGUUGGAGGAGGAACCUGAGAGCAUCAUGGAGUUCAAUCGCUACAGGGAGAAAUUUCAUGACAAGGUCAAAGGCCAACUCCAGCCACAAGAGGUGACGCUGAGCUUGACUUUGGACGCACAAAAAUGACUGCUGCAUUCCAGCAUAACAUCAAACACAGGAGUGGCUAUAUUUUCCAGCCGAUGAAAGAAUCUAAGAGAGAGAACAUUUGUUUUUCCCAUUUUGUUUUUCAAAGUUGUUUUCCGUUGACUUCUUAAUAGCUUUUAGUAAGGAAAAGUACAAUGUGCAUGUAAUGUUGAACACAAUAAUUCCACAACAGAAACAGUAUCAUAUGUACUGUAUUGCUAAAAAUACUUUAGUGCAUUAACAGUAAUAUUUUAAACUCCAGUUAAUUGAUUAGAAAGUCAAUUAACACUUGAACGUUUUGAUUGUGUUCAAAUAAUUUCUGUUUCUUUGUACAACACUUACCCAUCUCAGGAAGUUGAUGUUUCUGUUGAUGAUCAAUGAUGAUAUUAGAACGUUUUUUUCCUUGGCAAAUUGUCUCUUGUAUGUAGCGCAUACAAGCUCUUUUGCAUGUUUGUGUUAAAGUUGUAAUACCCCCCGCCUCCCCCCACACACACAUCUACACAUUUCUUAAUGUGGCUUAUGAUGGGAAAGAACUGUUGAGUAUUUAAUAUCUAAUCAGUUUUGUUAUCUGUUCUGUGAAUAUCGUUACCUCAACUCGAUUCCAAAGUACAAGCAUUUGUAUGAACAAAUGUUUAUGUAACAUUGUGUUGUGUUAUUUAAAAAAUGUUUGGUUUUGAAAAUAUAACUUUGUAUUCUUAAUGGCACAAUUAAUUUUAUAGUGUUGGGAUCAUACCUGAUAUAAAAAAUAAAAUUA